GGGCGUUUGAAUUGCACUUCCGCCAUCUUUCCAUCCCUCAGUCAGACGGGGCCCGGAGACGCUUCUCGAAGGACCAUCACGAUGGCUGCCCAAGGAGAACCCCAAGUCCAGUUUAAACUCGUAUUGGUUGGUGAUGGUGGUACUGGAAAAACUACAUUUGUGAAACGUCAUCUGACUGGUGAAUUUGAGAAGAAGUAUGUAGCCACCUUGGGCGUUGAGGUCCAUCCCCUUGUGUUCCAUCCUAACAGAGGACCCAUUAAAUUCAACGGGGAUACAGCUGGUCAGGAGAAAUUUGGGGGACUGAGAGAUGGCUAUUACAUCCAAGCCCAGUGUGCCAUUAUAAUGUGUGAUGUAACAUCGAGAGUUACUUACAGGAACGUGCCUAACUGGCAUAGAGAUCUGGUUCAAGUAUGUGAAAACAUCCCCAUUGUGUUGUGUGGCAACAAAGUGGACAUCAAGGACAGGAAAGUGAAGGCAAAAUCCAUCGUCUUCCACCGAAAGAAGAAUCUUCAGUACUAUGACAUUUCUGCCAAAAGUAACUACAACUUUGAAAAGCCCUUCCUUUGGCUUGCUAGAAAACUAAUUGGAGAUCCUAACUUGGAGUUUGUUGCCAUGCCUACUCUUGCCCCACCAGAGGUUGUCAUGGACCCAGCUUUGGCAGCACAAUAUGAGCAUGAUUUAGAGGUUGCGCAGACAACUGCUCUCCCGGAUGAGGAUGACGACCUGUGAGAGAAUGAAGCUGGAGCCCAGCGUCAGAAGUCUAGUUUUAUAGGCAACUGUCCUGUGAUGUCAGUGGUGCAGUGUGUUUGCCACUUUAGCUAUAUAAUAAUCUUUGGGAUGCUGAGGGAGAUGCAUGGGCUUCGGAGUGAAUGUGGCAGUUAAAAAAACCUUCGUUUUUUUGGACCUGCAUAUUUAGCUGUUUUGGAAUGUAGUUGUUUCCUUCCUGAGUUUCAAAUAUAAGACUGCUACAGUCACAUCACAAUAUUCAGUGGUGAAAUCUUGUUUGUUCCUGUCAUUCCCAUUCCUUUUUGUUUAGAACCAGAAUAAAGUUGUAUUUCAAAUACCUAAAAA